AUGGUACCGGGUCCGGUCGUGGGAGGUGGGCGUGGUCCACGGUCUGGCGGUGGGAGAAAGGCGUGGUCCCAGAUCCGGCGAGGGAGGGGGCUGGACCAGAGCGCGGUCCCGGGUCCGGCGGAAGGAGUGGGGGCUGGACCUGGCAACGGUCCCGGGUCCGGCGGGGAGUGGGGAUGGACUUGCGCGCGAUCCCGAUCAGGGGGGCUGGACCUGCGCGUUCUCCCGGGUCUGGCGGGGGUUUGGGGCGAUUGGACCUGGGCGUGGUCCUGGUCCGGGAGUGUGGCUACACUUGGGCGUGGUCCCGGGUCCAGCUGGGGGAGGCGAGUUGGACCUGGGCGUGGUCCCGGUCCUGGAGAGUGGCUAGACUUGGGCGUGGUCCCGGGUCCAGUUGAGGGAGGCGAGCUAGACCUGGGAGUGGUCUCUGGUUUAGCCAGGGGAGGGAAUAUGGAUCUGGGCGUGGUCCCGGGUACGGCUUGGGGGCCCGGGUCCGGCGGUGGAGGGUUGCUGGACCUGGGCGUGGUCUCGGGUUCGGCGAGGGGCGGCGGUUGGACCUUGGAGUGGUCCCGAGUUCGGUCCGUUGGGGGGAGUGCUGGACCUGGGCGCGGUCCAGGGUCCGGCGGGGGGAGGGGGGCUAUGCCUGGGCAUGGUACCGGGUCCGGCGUGAAGGUGGGUGGGUCGACCUGGGUGCGAUCCCGGGUCCAGAUGGGUAGGGGGCUAGACCUGGCAGCGGUCCCUGAUCCGGCGGGGGGAGGAGGGGCUGGACCUGGGUGCGGUCCUGGGUCCGACCGGGGAGCUGGAACUGGGCGUGGUCCCGGGUUCUGCGGGAGGGGGGCGCGGUCUUGCGUCCGGCGGGGAAGAGGGGCAGGAUCUGUGUGCGGUCCCGGGUCCGGCAAUAAGGGGGGGCUGGAACUGGGCGUUGUCCCGAGUCUGGCAGUGGGAAGGGGGCUGGACCUGGGAGUUGUACCGGGUCAUUUGGGGGAGGGGGCUGGACCUGGGAGAGGUCCUGGGUCCGACAGGGAGGGCUGGACCUGGGCGUGGUCCCGGGUCCGGCGGGGGAGGGGGGCUAGACCUGGGCGCGGUCCCGGGUCCGGCGGAGGGAGGGGGGGUUGGACCUGGGCACAGUCCCGGGUCCGACGGGGAGAGGGGAUGGACUUGGGCGCGAUCCCGAUCAGGGGGGCUAGACCAGGGCGUGGUCCCGGGUUCAGCGGGGGGAGAGGGCUGGACCUGGGCGUUCUCCCGGGUCUGGCGGAGGUUUGGGGCGACUGGACCUGGGCGUGGUCCCGGCGGGGUGAGGGGGCUGGAACUGGGCUUGGUCCCGUUCCGGGAGAGUGGCUAGACUUGGGUGUGGUCCCAGGUCUAGCUGGGGGAGGCGAGCUGGACCUGGGCGUGGUCCCGGUCUGGGAGACUGGCUAG